UCAUCCGUUAUCAUUAAUCAGCACUCGUUAUUUUAAAGUCUCCUUUUUUGUUAUUAUAAAAUGAGUGAAUUAGCAACUACUAAUUUAUUUGAAUCUCAAACUAUUAUUGCUGAUCAUAAAGAUCUUAUUCACGAUGUGGCUUAUGACUUCUAUGGUGAGAGAAUGGCCACUUGUUCGAGUGAUCAGUACGUGAAGGUGUGGGAUACUGAUGGCCAAGGAGGCUGGCGUCUAACAGCUAGUUGGAAAGCUCAUCAUGGUUCAGUGUGGAAAGUUACUUGGGCACAUCCUGAAUUUGGACAAGUACUGGCUACCUGCUCCUUUGACAGAACAGCUGCUAUAUGGGAAGAAGUUGGUGACACUUCAGCAUCAGGUUCAGAGAAAGGCCUACGGACAUGGGUUAAACGAUCCAACUUAGUAGAUUCCAGAACUUCAGUCACUGAUGUAAAAUUUGGCCCAAAACAUUUAGGCCUACUACUUGUAACUUGUUCUGCAGAUGGUAUUAUAAGGAUAUAUGAAGCACCAGAUGUUAUGAAUUUAGCACAAUGGACAUUGCAACAUGAAAUACCAACAAAAGUCUCAAUUAGUUGCCUUUCAUGGAAUCCAUCAUUAUCUAGAAGUAAUUCAAAUCCUCCAAUGCUGGCUGUUGGAAGUGACGAACCUAAUAAUGUUAAUACAACAGGAACCCAAAGUGAUAAGAUUGCAAAUAAUGAGAAAGUAUUUAUAUAUGAGUACAGCGAAUCGUCCCGUCGAUGGACGAGAACUGAAUGUUUAUCUUCUGUAGUUGAACCAGUUAACGAUUUGGCCUUUGCGCCAAACUUGGGACGCUCCUUCCACCUAUUAGCGGUUGCUACCAAAGACGUUAGAAUCAUCAAGAUUGAACCACUAUCGGAAUCAUCGAGCACAACCAACGGUGGUGGAGUGCGGUUCAAGACGGAAGUGAUGGCCGCUUUCGAAGAUCACAACUCGUGCGUGUGGCGCGUCUCCUGGAACGUGACGGGAACGCUACUGGCAUCGUCCGGCGACGACUGCUGCGUCAGACUAUGGAAAAUGCAAUACAUGAACCAGUGGAAAGGCGUGGCCGUGUUCAAGAGCGACGCGGCGAGCAGCGAGGCGGCGGCGCCGGCGCGCGCGCACACCACCUACACGCGCCUCGCCGCCAUGGCCAACCCCGCGCACAUGCCCUACCACUGACACCGGCAUCCCACGGGGGAACCGUCAUCACGAAGAAAAAACGUGAGAAUGUUUAUCAGCAUAGACUGAAAUGGACUUAAUAAGUACUGAAGUUCUUGUGUUAAUAUACAUCAUUUAAAAUUGAUUAAUUUUGUUGUGUGUGUGAAAGAAAUAAUUAUUACAAUUUGAUCCUGUACGGAAGAUAAAUCAUAUUAAAUUUGAAUGUGAACUCUUGUCCUAUUGCAGUGAUAAAAAAUAUUAAUAAAUAAUGUGUAUAUAUGUAGUGUAUAAUUAAAAUAAAUUUUUGAUGGCAUAGGCUUAAUG